AUGUUCGCUCGAGGGGCAGCACUGCUGCUCCUAUUGUGCCUGCUGCAGCUCGUGCUCUGUGCCGAAGACUUUUACAAGGUCUUGGGCAUAAAAAAGGACGCGACGGAUAAGCAAAUCAAGUCUGCAUACAGACAGCUCAGCAAGAAGUACCAUCCUGACAAGAACCCGGGUGACGAAACGGCCAAAGACAAGUUCGUCGAAGUGUCUGAAGCUUACGAAGCACUGAUCGACCCCGAGUCGCGCCGCAUCUACGACCAAUAUGGGUACGAGGGCCUGAAGCAGCGACAGCAGGGCGGCGGUGGCGGCGGCCAUCACGACCCCUUCGAUCUCUUCAGCCGCUUCUUCGGCGGUGGCGGGCACUUCGGCGGGCACGGGGUGCGCAAGGGCCACAAUGCAGAGGUCAAGAUCGGCAUCUCGCUUCGCGACUUCUACAGCGGGCGCGAUACCGAGUUCCAGUGGGAGAAGCAGCAGAUCUGCGAGGAGUGCGAGGGCACGGGCUCGCAGGACGGCGUUGUCGAGACGUGCGGCGUGUGCGGCGGCCACGGCAUACGUAUCGUGAAGCACCAGCUCGCGCCCGGCAUGUUCCAGCAGAUCCAGACGCAGUGCGACGCUUGCGGCGGACGUGGCAAGACGAUCAAGCACAAGUGUCCUGUCUGCGGCGGGCAGAGGGUCGUGAGAAAGCCUACAACCGUCCAAGUUACCAUCCCCAAGGGCGCACCAAAUGGUGCCCGCCUGGUGUAUGAGAACGAGGCCGACGCCAGUCCGGACUAUGAAGCUGGCGAUCUUGUCGUGAUGCUAGUGGAGAAGGACCCCGAUAUGGAGAAUGACAAUCCCGACCAUGUGGACGGCGCAUUCUUCCGCAGGAGAGACAACGACCUGUUCUGGAAGGAAGUUAUAUCACUGCGGGAGGCUUGGAUGGGUGACUGGUCCCGAAAUUUGACGCACCUCGACGGACAUCUCGUUCGCCUGGGUCGCGAGCGCGGUGAAGUGGUGCAGCCUGGUCAUGUCGAAAGAGUUCAGGGCCAAGGCAUGCCCAAGUACCACGAGGAUGGCGACAGCGUGUACCAUACGACUGAAUACGGAGAUUUAUAUGUGGAAUACGUGGUGAUCAUACCGGAUCAGAUGGAGAAGGGCAUGGAGAAGGAGUUCUGGUCUGUUUUCCAGAAGUGGCGGGGCAAGGUAGGCGUUGAUUUACAUAAGGACAGCGGGCGGCCAGAUACAGCAGCUGACCAUGGGCAUACUCAUGAGGAGUUAUAA